AUGGGGGAGUAUAUGAAGUGGGCCAAAGUGUCGGUUGCUAAACUAUCCUGCUCGAUAUUUUCACUUUGGCUGUAAUUUUUAUUUAUUUAUUUUUUUUUGGGGGGGAGGGAGAAAAGGAGGCGGAGAAAGAAGCAUCUCGAGCCCACUUGGGUGCGAGGACGUCUCGGCGCAGGUCCGUACCGGAAGCCUUGACCCUCGGCGAACUUCCUUUUCGGCAGCCGGCGUUUGACGGCUCUUUCACGGGAUGAAAUGGGUGGAGCCACAAUUUUCUCUAUGCUGGCAACCUGAGGAAGAAAAUUUAAUAUUGCUGCUAAGGAAAUCUGCCACCCCCCACUCAUGACUUUCUGCUGUGAACAUUUGAUUGGUGUGCCUCAAAAUCUGUGAUGGAAAAUCGUGAUGAUGGUGAGCAGCACCACAGCACCACGGUGGGAGAGGCGGGCAGCACGGGAGACAGCACCCCUCCCCCAAAACGCAAGGGCAAGUUCUCUAGUCUCGGCAAGAUCUUUAAGCCAUGGAAGUGGCGGAAGAAGAAAAGCAGCGAGAAAUUCAAGGAAGCGUCAGAAGAACUGGAGAGAAGGAUGUCGACGAGGCGUACCCGGCAAGAGCUUAUAGAACAAGGAGUGCUGAAAGAAGUUCCUGACAACGAUGCGGAUGGAGCGGCACAAAGCCUGAAGCAGCACUACGUAAAGAAUGGCCACACACUGCCCGUGAGUGGAGGAGGUGGGAUCAGUACUGCAAAGAGCAGCCAGGGCAGAGUGUCCUCUGAUUCAGACUUUAGGAUAAACCCUACUUGGCUCGCCCAUUCGGACGACCAUAGGGGCCGACCUCCCUCGGAUGGAGAACGCCGAAGAGUUCCGAGUUCAAGGGGUUCCGGAACCCCGGAAGAAGGGCAGAGAGGAAGCGGGGUGACGGCGUCCCGUGGACAUGGGGAGACUGAGUGGAAGCCUAACACGACGUGGCAUGGGCAGAUUCCCAAUCAGAUGGCUGAAGGUAGAAGUGGAGGCCAGUUUUAUCCUGAAGAUGGACAGAGGAGGCCUGGGCUCCAGAAAGCUCCCUCAGAAGAUGGCAGGAGGAGUCGACCGGCUGACGUGGAUUGGAAACCUACACUCCCCCGACAUGCUUCUGCUGAAGAGGGAAGGGCCCGUAGAGAGUCAGACAGCCACUUUGUCCCUGACCCUGAAGCACUAAAGGACACCCUUCGUGAACCUUUGCCGCCUAAACAAUCCGUCAUGCCUCCAAAAUGGUUGAUAAGCUCUACGCCUGAACCGGGCAGCGAGGGGCCAGCUCGCGGCCAGUCGAACCACGCCUCGGCCCAGUACCCAUCCCUCUCUGCCUCCUCGAGUACUGCACCGAAGCCUAUUAGGAACGUCUCCUCUGUGGGUGCAACCACACAUCAGUCUUCAUCUGCAGCCUCGUCAUCCGUCACUCAGGCCACCAAGCAGCCGCCUCUGCCUCCGCCCAAACCGGUGAACAGGGGCAACACCGGCAUGUUGGUCUCCGCCCUACAGGGUGGCGAGCACGCACACCUUCCGCUCUACUGGUCCUGCUGGAAGCGGGAGUGCGAGUAUGAUGUCUAUCUGUCCCUGCCUGUCUACCUGUGCCGGCGGGCUGGAGGCCUGCGCUCAGGAGACUUCGCCCAAGCUGCCGGGGGUGCCAGUCUUGUCCCAGUGAAGCCCUCCCCGCCAAUGCCUCCAAAGAGAACCACCCCAGUCACCAAACGCAACACCGAAGACUCCUCUUCAAGCCAUUCCAUCACGCCCUCGCUACUUUCUCUUGAGGACCACGGCUCUGUGAGCUUUCAGCUGCCUCCUCCUCCACCAUCCCCUCCGCUUCCGUCGCACAUACCUCCUUCUCCACCUCGACAACAAAUACACCCCCACCACCUUCACCAUCAGCACUCUUACCCGCACCCACUGCCCCAAGCUAUACCAAUCUUGUUCGAUCCCCCAAGCCCUGUCAGUGAGUUGCCCCAGCGACCGACCCCUGUCCCGCUGCACAUCAUGAUCCAGCGAGCGCUGUCCAGUCCCGGCCCCAUUCAGCCCAACCCGGAUGGGUCACAACGUGCUCACACAUUGCUCUUUGAAACGCCUCCAGACUACCAAGGAGAUCGAGGUCGUCCCCUUCCUGUCAGCAUCCAACCACUAAAACUAUCUGAAGAUGACUACUCCGAAGAGGAGGAAGAAGAAGAAGAAGAGGACGAUGAUGAGGAAGAGGAGGAGUAUGAUGGGGAGAUACCCCAGCCAAAGCUAGAGCCACGGAGUCGCCGUGGUUUGGUUGUCGAUGCAGGAAUUUGCGUCAUCCCUGGUGGAGAAAACAGUGAGGAGGAGGAGGAGGAGGAGGAGGAGCAUGAUGACGAGGAUGAAGAGCAUGGCAUGUGCAGAGAAGAUAGCGACUCAGAUGGUCCUGUGCCUUUUAAAGAGGAAGAAUCAGAUGAGGAUGAGGAGGAAGAGCCCCCACUGAGUGCCCUGGCCAGCAAAGUGAAGAGGAAAGACACCUUAGCUCUGAAGCCUAGCAGCCGUCCCUCACAGGAGAGGAGCACGAGAGAUGACCAGCCGCCGGGGCAGACCGGCCUCACCUGGCAGAGCAGGGAGCAGUGGGAGGCCAUUCGCAUGCAGAUUGGCACCGCACUUACAAGACGUCUUAGCCAGAGACCCACUGCUGAGGAGCUUGAGCAAAGGAACAUCCUUCAGCCCAAAAAUCAGGCUGACAGACAAGCAGAGGUUAGAGAGAUUAAGCGAAGACUGACCAGAAAGCUGAGUCAAAGACCAACAGUUGCAGAACUGCAGGCCAGAAAAAUUUUGCGAUUCCACGAGUAUGUGGAAGUCACAGACGCCCAAGACUAUGACCGCAGGGCAGACAAGCCGUGGACCAAGCUAACACCUGCUGAUAAGGCGGCCAUCCGGAAAGAGCUUAAUGAUUAUAAAAGCACUGAAAUGGAGGUUCACGAAGAGAGCAGAAUCUACACAAGGUAUCACCGGCCUUAGCAUCUACCCUCUUCAGCUGGUGACAAAAGCACUUGGUCUCUGUGGCAAGCAGCUGCUGACUAUGCAGACAGAUUGGCCCUUUUUCAUUUCCUGAAUGUACUGUACAAUUUAUCAGGGACAGCCUGGAACUGACUAGAGCCAAGAAUGCUUCUCGCUUCCCCUCCGUCACCCUGACAGAAUUGUUUUCAGUGAACAGAGGUGGUGGUGGUGGUGGGAGAAGAUGCAGUAUUUAUCCCAGACAACAGGGGGAACCACGUGCCAAACAAAUUGAGACAUUUGCAAAGGACUGACAGUGCAGGACUUCUAUCCCCUCUGCUGUAAUGUGGUGUCCUCAGGGACCUGGAUCUAGUUAAUAUCUAUAAUGCGGCCUCAUUCUAUGUUGCCUUUUUCUUCUUUACUGUAUAUGGAAACGCUAACUCAUUCAUCUUGUUAAUGUGAGAGCAUAAAAGUAAUAAUAGCUAACAAAAAUGGUAAUUUCUAGAACACACAAUGAUAAUAGAGACAUGGCUAUAGCUCGUGUGAACUGGAGAAUGAAGACUGGGAUAUUCUGUUUUAGGAUUGGACAUCUCUGGGAUAUUGUGUUUUUAUAUUAACUGUACAGAUUGCUAUUAUAAUAUCUUAGAAUGAAACCCGUAAAGAUCUAAUUACAAAAUGUGUAAUGCACAAGAUAUUUUAUAAUUUUGAUCACAUGACUAGUGACAGCUUUUUCUUUGGGGGAUUUCUUUGGCUUGCCUGUAUUUAUCGUUGUGUUGUGAGGUGGCCAUUUAAGUGUGACUUUUUAGAAAUAUAAGAGAAGGUGCAGGUCAGAAUGUUGUAGUUGACUUUUUUUUUUUUUUUUUUUUUUUUGUGCCAAUGUACCCAAUGCCUAGAAAAAUAUAGGAUAUUGGUAUUCAUAUCAACAAUUUCUGAAAUGUACUGCAUGAGCCAACAAGGAUCCUUGUCAUUGGACCUGGUAAAUCUCUCAUUUCUACUUUUCUAUGAGUUUUGUACUUCCCUUUAAUCACACAUGCAAUGCAUUUCUGUAGCCAUUUUGUACAAGGUCAUGCUGGUGUUGUCGACCAAGAAUACAAUGCAAGUUGCUGUGUAAGAUCAGGGGUUUAUCCAAAAAACAACAAAAAAAUCUCACAAUGUAUGAAAGGUCAACAGGGGAUCAUUUUGGCUGGAACUUUUUGUCUGCAACCGUUUUAUUUUGUGGUAUUGUCUGGCCAGUAGCUUACAGGGUUCUCAAUGCUGUGCACAGGUGGAUUAUAGAUUAGGUUUCACUGAUGCUUGUGUAUAUCUUGUCUUCCUUUCAUUUGAAAAGAAAUUUUAAAUAAAGUAUUAUAGGUUGCUAUCUUUAAGCACAGAAUCUUAGUUUAUGAUUAAGUGCUCCAAGAAUGGGAAUGACUAUGUACCCUCUCUGUAAAGCUAAGUUCAUUUUUAAUUGAAUGUGAAGAUGUAUGGACUGAUACUUGUUUUAAUUGUACAUAGUGACAUCUGGAUCUAAUUAAAAAUCUUA